AUGUCCACGUCAGUGCAGGAGGCAUCUGCAUCAGGAUGGGAGGCGUCCAAGUCAGUGAAGGAGGCAUCUGCAUCAGGAUGGGAGGCGUCCAAGUCAGUGCAGGAGGCAUCUGCAUCAGGAUGGGAGGUGUCCAACUCAGUGCAGGAGGCAUCUGCAUCAGGAUGGGAGGCGUCCAACUCAGUGCACGAGGCAUCUGCAUCAGGAUGGGAGGUGUCCAAGUCAGUGAAGCAGGCAUCUGCAUCAGUAUGCGAGGCGUCCAAAUCAGUGCAGGAGGCAUCUGCAUCAGGAUGGGAGGUGUCCAACUCAGUGCAGGAGGCAUCUGCAUCAGGAUGGGAGGCGUCCAAGUCAGUGAAGGAGGCAUCUGCAUCAGGAUGGGAGGUGUCCAAGUCAGUGCAGGAUGCAUCUGCAUCAGGAUGGGAGGCAUCCAAGUAA